AUGCGGCCGUGGCUGCCGGUCGCUUCCAGACGCGCAGCAGGCGGCCCGCCGGCGCCGCUACCGCUGUUGUUGGUGGUGCAGCUGGUGGUGUGGUGGAGCGGGCCGGCGCGCUGCUGGGACGAGCUGCCGCAGACGACGUCGGGGUCGCUGCGCGGCGAGGGCGUCGCGACGCCGUCCGGGCGGCGCGUGCUGCGCCUGCUGGGGGUGCGCUACGCGUCGGCGCCGCGGCGCUUCGCCGCCCCCGAGCCCUUCUCGCUGGAGGACACGGCGCGCGUCGUCGACGCCCUGGAGUGGCCGCCCGCCUGCCCGCAGCCGCACAACCUCACAGAGGUCGCCUACCCGCAGUUCUCGCCGCGGCGCGCGCCCGACUCCGAGUCGGAGGACUGCCUGUUCCUGAACGUGUUCGCGCCCGCGCCGGCUCCUGAGGAUGAGGACGCGGAGCAGAAACCGCGCGCCGUGCUGGUGUGGCUGCCCGGCGAGGGCCUCGGGAUGGCCGACGCGUCGCGCUACGACGCCACGCUGCUCGCCGACAGGGCAGACAUCGUCGUCGUCACCGUCAACUACCGAGUGGGCGUGCUGGGCUUCCUGAGCACGGGCAGCUCGGCGGCGGCGGGCAACUGGGGGGCGCUGGACGUGCUGGAGGCGCUGCGCUGGGUGCGCCGCAACGCCCCCGCGGUGGGCGGCGACCCCGCCAGGGUGACGCUGGCCGGCCGCGCCGAGGGGGCGGCGCUGGCGUCGCUGCUGCUGACGGCGCCCGCCGCCGGGGAACCCCCGCUGGCGCUGCGCUUCGUGCUGCAGAGCGGCGUCGCCUCCGCCUGGUACCACAUCGAGGCAGACCCCGCCAACGCCACCGCCGCGCUGGCCAGCAGGCUCGGCUGCUCCGGCCCGGCCACCAAGGCGGUGUCGUGCCUGCGUCAGGCGCCGCUAGAGGCGCUGACGGCGGCGGCGCAGGCCUCUGGGCGUCGCUGGCGGCCGGUGCUGGACGGGGAGCUGUUCAGCGCCGAGCCGCUGCGCGCGGUGCGCCGCUGGAUGGGUGGUGGCGCGGGGGCGGCGGGGGCGGCGCUCAUGGUGGGCGAGGCGGCGGGCGAGGGCGCGCUCUGCCUGCUGCGACACUUCCUGCUGGAACGCCGCCUCUGGCCCGCCAUCGCCGCCGACAACCUCACCAGGAGGGACUUCGCCGACCUCGUCGCUGAGCACCUGUUCGACUUCGCCAACAUCCGCGACCAGUCGGUGGUGGACGCAGCAGUGCACGAGUAUCGGCCGUGGGGGCAGGCUGGGGGUGGCGGCUUCCGGGAGGCAGCACUGCGCUUCUGCGGGCUGCUGUACGGGCGAGGCCGUGCCGAGCAACUGUCUCGUGCGCUUGCCAAGCGUGGUGCCACCGUCUGGCGCUUCGAGAUGGCGGUGCGGCCUGCACGGUCCCCCCAUCCCAGCUUCAUGGGUGCCGUGCCUGGUGACGAGCUACCGGCGCUCUUUCCGGCCGAUGAUGGCGAUGACAAAUCUGAUGAGGAGCGCCACUUGGCCGACGAGAUGUUGCGCAUGUGGGCCAACUUCGUCAAGACUGGGAAUCCAAAUCUAGAUGAAGAUAAUUCAACCACCACACAAAUUUGGCCACCAUUUGUUGACAGCUCAAGACAAAUGUAUGUAUUCACACUGAAUGGUUCACGAACAAAGAACACUGAAUUCUUGUCACGAGAUGCUGACUUCUGGGGGACAGUCGUUCCAAGUCUGUUACGGGCCUCUCUCAAAAAAGGGUGCAGCUGCGGAAGAAAGAAGAACCAGCCGAGAAUGAGUAUUUGCACAACAGCUCGCUGUCCUGCCAUAAGUGUCCUUAUUGCCUUCACUGUCAUCCUUGGGGUAGCUCUAGUCAUGAUUAGCUACUUUUUCCUCCAGUACAUAAGGAAAUCAAAGGGACUGCUUGCCAAUGAACACAUACCACAGUAGUGAGAAGUCUGCCAGAUAGUCCUUCUCUGUGUGAUUUCCAGUCUGUUGCAUCCAUCCUCAGAGAUAUUGUAAGAUCUGACCAAUUUAAUGAGAAUGUUAUGUCUGCAGUAGUGUGAAGAAGAUUGAGACAGUGUUAGUCUGAAAUAUGCUACCUACAUGAUGGAUGACUAAUGCAUUGCCGGCCGGUGUGGCCGAGCGGUUCUAGGUGCUUCAGUCUGGAAACGCGCGACCGCUACGGUCGCAGGUUCGAAUCCUGCCUCGGCAUGGAUGUGUGUGAUGUCGUUAGGUUAGUUAGGUUUAAGUAGUUCUAAGUUCUAGGGGACUGAUGAUCUCAGAUGUUAAGUCCCAUAGUGCUCAGAAACAUUUGAACCAUUUUUGAACUAAUGCAUUAGUUAUAUUAUUAUGAGUGACUUAACAACUAUUACUGCAAGAUGAAUGUUUCAUGGAUAAAAUGUAACAAAGUGAGAUAGUGCUGCUGAAAAUAAAUUGUACACCAUAAUAAAGGCAGAAGGCAACUGCCUCAUUCCACUCAUUUUGUAAAUGUCUCAAAAUAAACUUUAGUAAUGAAUCUUAACAGUAUUUGAAGAACAAAUAAAAAACAAACACCAUUUGAACAGGCCCUGAAGACCCAACAGUAUAAACCAGCUGCCAUGUCAUCCUCAGACCUGAGGUGUCACCAGGUUCAGAUACAGGUGGACACGUGGUCAGCACACCGCUCUCCCAGCCAUUGUCAGUUUUCGUGACCAGUGCCACUACUUCUCAGUCGUGUAGUUCCUCAUUUGGCCUCACAAGGUGUGAGUGCAGCCAGCUUGUCAACAGCACUCGGCAGACCUAGACAGUGACCGUCCAAGCACUAGACGAGCAAGACAGUGCUUAAUUUCUGUGAUCUGGUGGGAACCAGUGUUACCACUGUGGCAAGGGCAUUGACAUACUAUUUGAAGAAGCAUAAUGAAAUAUGAAAUACUGGAGCACAGUUAACACACAUGUGGAGGGAAAAAAGGAAGGAAAGAAGAAAAGAAAAAUACUUUUGGAAUGAAUGGCUACUGACAACUGUACAUUAGCGAUGUACAACAUACUGUUUGUGAGCGUGCUCCAUAUAAAGUAACAAGGAUUUGGAUAAUUUUUCCACCACUUGUUUCACUUACAUCCCAAUCUAGAGCUGCUUGCCUAUUAGUUUAACAUAAUCCUUUCUGCCUCCACUGCCCCCCCCCCCCUCCCACCCUCUGCCAGUAUCAGACUCUGUGCUGUUUUUCACUUGUUUCUUUGCCUUUCUCUAGUUUUCAAUUACAUUUCUUUUGUUUAUUUUCUUUCAAUUUGGCUCUCACCUUUGCCCUGCUGACAUCUAGUACCUUGACUGCAUGUGACAAUUUAAAACUGUGUGGUGAAGCAGGAUCUGAAAGCCUCAACUUGCCACAGACUUCUCUCCCUUCCUUUUAAAUUCUGCUGAGUAUCUCCCACUCUCCUGUGAGACUAGUAGCUAUGAGGGUAAGGAUAUACUGGCAAUCUUAUUCACAGCAUUGUGGUUGACACAAAGAAUUAAUUCUCUUGGUCCAAUCUUCAUAAUUAUUAAACAGACUUUCCACGAGUCCCUAACAGUGUUGACUGACAAAUGCUAUAACAGGUUUCUAAAAUGUGGCACAAGUUGCAGAAAUCAAAGCAGGUUAUACAAUAGCCCUUUAUGAAAAUUUUAUGCUCAGAAAUGGAUAGCAACUGAAGUUACAGAACAUGGCAGUGUUCAGUGGGGUCAGAAAAGUGCUGUGCAUGAGGUGUCGAACUUGGUUUUCUGCCAUUACUAUGCGAGUCUCUGUUUGAAAAUCUGUUACGACAAUUACUAGCAUCAAUUGAAAAAGCUUUGUGGAACACAGUCAUGAUACAUUGUUGAAAAUGUGAACCACAGUCUGUUUGCCCACUGACUAUUACAAUACUUAGAAAUGAAGCAUACUUUUAAAACCUUUUACGUUUACAUGGAUUUUUGCAACAUACAUCAUUUAAACAUGGGCUGUGAUAUUCUAUUAUGUUUUCAUUGUAAUACUGUUACAUUAUGUUUUCAUUGUAAUACUGUUAUUUGUAGCCUUUAGUGCUGAGACUUAUUUCAAAUUCAAGCAGUUUACACACUUUGGGUAGAAAUGGAAAAUCAAUAAUAUUGCAAACAUUAAAGAACUGUAAAAUUCACAAAACUUGGUGUAUUGAAAUCCAUACAUAAACUAUAUGAGUGUGCCAUUUCUUUCUGAAGAAGGCAUAAAAUAUUUUGCAUGAUCAUUUCACAGUGGCUGUGAGGAAUCACAAAAACAAUUUGUGGGAUAUCAUUAAUUUGAUAUGUUAAAAGUACCUGAAGGCACAGCGUGCAUUUUUAUAUUUAUGUUACUGUAUGUAUGUUCAUAUUGUACAGCAUUUGUUAUGAAAUAAA